UUAUGGAGCGGAGUGAGCGGCGGCCCGGUGCUGUAGCGGUGCUGUAGCGGAGAACUCACCGACCCUGCUCUCCCAAACUUCCGCGGCUCUGAGAGAGGAACCGGGGGUCACGGGCCCGGUGAUAAACAUGGCGGAGAACAUCAUUAUUCGUGUCCAGUCUCCAGAGGGGAUGAAGAAAAUCUCCUCAACCAAGCGAGAGACUGCAGCAGCUUUCCUCAAGAAGGUUGCAAAAGAGUUUGGUUUCAACUCUAAUGGCUUUUCUGUCUACUUGAACCGCAACAAAACUGGAGAGAUCAUUUCUCAGAACAAGACGCUCAGCCUGCUCAAAAUCAAGCAUGGAGACAUGCUGUUUCUCUUCCCAUCAUCAGCUGGUCCCUCAAGUGAGACCAUGGACACACAGCCCCACUCUUCAACAUCCUCCUCCUCCUCAUCUUCCUCCUCCCUCUCGCGUUCACACUCGUCUCCACAGAUCCCAGAGGACGAGAUCGACCAGUAUCUCUCCAAACAGGAGGGCAAGAUCUACAGGAACCGAGACCCUCAGCUAUGCCGGCAUGGUCCCAUGGGGAAAUGUGUGCACUGUGUACCUCUAGAGCCUUUUGAUGAAGACUACCUGAAUCACCUGGAUCCACCUGUUAAACACAUGUCGUUCCACGCCUACAUCCGCAAACUGACCGGAGGAGCAGAUAAGGGCAAGUUUGUGGCACUGGAGAACAUCAGCUGUAAGAUUAAGUCUGGCUGUGAGGGGCAUCUACCCUGGCCUGAGGGCAUCUGCACCAAAUGCCAACCCAGUGCCAUCACCCUGAACAGACAGAAAUACAGACAUGUAGAUAACAUCAUGUUUGAGAACCACACCAUCGCUGACCGGUUCCUGGACUUCUGGAGGAAGACGGGGAACCAGAGGAUGGGCUACUUAUACGGCCGGUACACAGAGCACAAAGACAUCCCUCUGGGCAUCCGAGCCGAGGUGUCCGCCAUCUACGAACCUCCACAGAUCGGCACUCAGAACAGCCUGGAGCUGAUCGAGGAUCCGAGAGCUGCAGCGGUGGAGGAAGUUGCUGCUAAACUGGGUCUACGGAAGGUGGGGUGGAUCUUCACAGAUUUGCUGUCGGAGGAUACGAGAAUAGGCACAGUGAAAUACAGCAGGAACAAGGACUCGUACUUCCUGAGCGCUGAAGAGUGCAUCACCUCUGGACACUUUCAGAACCACCACCCCAAUCCCUGCCGGCUCUCACCUGACGGACAUUUCGGGUCUAAAUACGUCACUGUAGUAGCAACAGGUGGUCCUGAUAACCAGGUGCAUUUUGAGGGGUAUCAGGUAUCUAAUCAGUGCAUGGCUCUGGUGAGGGACGAGUGUCUGCUGCCCUGCAGAGACGCUUCUGAACUCGGCUACGCUAAAGAGUCCAGCAGUGAGCAGUACGUCCCCGACGUCUUCUAUAAGGAUAAAGACAAAUUCGGCAAUGACAUCACGUACCUGGCGCGUCCUCUACCUGUGGAGUACCUCAUCAUUGAUAUCACCACCACCUUCCCUAAAGACCCCGUGUUCACCUUCUCAUCCACGCUUCGCUUCCCCAUCGAGAACAGAGACGCUCUGGGGGAGACGCAGGAUUUCCACAGUUUAGCUACGUAUCUCUCUCAGUGUCCGUCCUCCUCCUCCUCCUUCCUCAACAUCGUCUCUGAUUUCCACCUGCUCAUCUUUCUGGUUACUAAUGAGGUCAUGCCUCUGCGGGACAGUAUUGGUCUGUUGCUGGACGCUGUGAAGACCUCGAAUGAGGAGCUGGCACAGACCUGGAAGAAAUCUGAGCAGUGGGCCACAAUCGAGCAGCUCUGUAGCACAGUGGGCGGGCAGCAGGCGGGCUCUCUGGAUUAUGCGAUGGGCGGGGCCUCAGUCCCCGCCUCCUCCUCUGCCAUGUGGUCCUGCCUCCACUGCACCUUCAUGAACCAGCCGGGGACGGAGCACUGCGAGAUGUGCAGCCUCCCCCGCAGCUAAACAGGCCACACCCCCACGCUGCGACUGCACCACUGCGCCGGGAGACAGCAGCAGGAGUGGGUGUGUACCCCCUGAAGCCCUGCUCCGCCCCCUUUACACACUCGCUCCGCCCCCUUCUCUGUCCACGACCCGCCCCCAAACCUCCGCCCCAUUCCAGACUGUGUCCGUUAGUUCGUUCAGUCGUACGCUCACUCGCUCACGGACUGCGCCGGUCUCUCUAAGCGAACGCCCGUCGUUCCGGUGGUUCCUGCGGUGGUUCCUGUGGUGCCUGCGGUGGUGCCUGUGGUGCGCUGGCCUGCGGCGUACGCCACCAAGCUAACAAAGCUGCGUGUUCCUGCCGCACGGCAUGCUGGGACUUAAUACUUAAUAGUUUGGUUCUUUUUAGGUAAAGCACUUGGCCAAGGCUCCUCCACCCCCCUCUCUCUCUUUCUCUUUACCUCUCUCUCUUUAUCUCUCUCUUUCUCUUUACCUCUCUCUCUUUAUCUCUCUCUUUCUCUUUACCUCUCUCUCUUUAUCUCUCUCUUUCUCUUUAGCUCUCUCUUUCUCUUUAUCUCUCUCUCUUUAUCUUUCUGUAUUUCUCUUUAUCUCUUUCUUUAUCUCAUUAUCUCUCUUUAUCUCUCUCUUUAUUUCUCUCUUUAUCUGUUUCUGUAUCUCUCUCUUUAUCUCCAUCUUUAUCUCCAUCUUUAUCUCUCUCUCUCUCUCUUUAUCUCUCUCUCUUUAUCUCUCUCUCUUUAUCUCUCUCUCUUUAUCUCUCUCUUUAUCUCUCCAUCUCUCCGCGGUCCAAAUUGACCUGGUGGCAGUGUUGCUUCCUGGACUUUAAAGAAACUUGCUGCAUUUAUUUUUUGUUUUGGUGGAAAUCGAUCGAUCUUCCGCUCCCUUCUUCUUCUUCUCUCUUCUUUUUUUAAAGCAGGCUGGAGAGAUGUGUUAUGUAAAUAAUAUGCAGAGAAAAGAAGGGUUGAUACUGUUAUUUAAAUUCAGUAAAGCUUUUUUUUUGUUUCUUUUUGUUCUUUUGUUUUUGGUUUGGAUCAUAGCUGUAUGUAUAUUAAUAGAAUUUAAUACAAUCUCAAUUUCAGACUCAAACUCUGACGCUGAAUAAUAAGCACUCAAUGAAUCUUCAUGUGGUUGAAACUCGCUGCAAAAAAUAAAAUAAAACAAAAUAAAACAAAAUGCGAGCGCGCCGGCCGACCCACGCCACUCACCGUGAUCUGCUCUGCUCCUCAGAGGAGGUUAUUAAAGAUUGCACAGACUGCUGUCUUCAAUCAUUAAAUACGUCCCUCUUUGUACAGACUCUUGCUUUGCCUUUAUCUCUUUGUUUUUAGAGGGUUUAGGAGUUUUUGGAGUGAUUCCCUCAGUUGCAUUUUCCUCAGCUCAAGUUCCUUAAAUGUUCCUGUUUACACCUGGUCACUUCAUGCAUCGAGAAUCAGGAUUAAAUCUGAGUAAGACUACAUAACAAACUACAUUAAAACAAAAAAAAAGUGUGAACACAACCAAUACGCAUUUAUAACUGAUAUAAAAUUAUAGUCUGAUAGACGCUUUUAAUAAAGAUUAAAUUUUUUGAUGGAUUGAUUAUUGAUAGUCUAAACAGACAGAAACCACAUGACCUCCAAAUGUGGUUUGGAUCUGAUUAGCAAAAAUCUGAUUUUGUUUAGUUUCUUUCUGUUCAGACUAUAAAACAUCAGUCUGAAUAUGAUCUACAUCCACCAGAAAUCAGACUCAGGCUUAGAGAAAUUAUUGAAGUUAUUGAUCCAGGUGUUCAGAUGUGAUCACACAGCUUGUAUUAUACAUUUAUAAUAAUAUUUUGGAACAGCUACAUGUCUGAUGCCAAACGGUCAAGAGUUAAAGUGGUUUAAAAUACCUUUUUCAUGUGAAAGAGUAUUAUUAUUAUUUUAUUUUUUUUUUUUCUGGAGUUCCACAGGUUUUCACUUUUAUUGCCUUUAUCUUUGUUUUUCCCCACAUUUAAAAAAUACAGAAAUUCCUCUGAAUUUAUGUUGCAGUAAUUUCAUUUUUUUUUCCAGUUUUUUGGUUUAUUAUAAUUUUGGUGGGAUAUACUUUAAAGUGGGUUGAUGGUACACAGAUGAAACUCUACUGUAAACGGCUGAUACGGUGAGCAGUAGGGGUUAUUAUGGUGUUUAGUUUAUGACCUGCAGUUUUAUCAUCACAGCGUGCUGCUCCUUGCACCGGCCAAAAGGCGAAUAAUUGAGUAAAUAAUAAACGUUAGAUACGUGUGUUCUGUGGGUCGGCUGGCGUUUUGGUUUGGAGGGUGUUGAGUUUGCUGGUUAUGGUAUUUAUAAUAAUUCUGAUGGUUUGCUUUUUCUCCUGGAUUCCAGUUCAGCUCGUUCCUCUGUUCUCCCCAAGUUGUUUCAGUCCCAGUGCUUUAGGAUGAAGUUUGAGUUGAGUUUGAUGAGUGGGCGUGGCUGUUUGAGUGUUUUAGGACUGGAUUGGAGGAUGAAAUGCAUAAAUAACAGUUCAACAAUAAAAUCCUGUUCUUAUGAAUGUA